AUGGACGAAUGUGCACGACUACAUCGAAUACCCCGCCUAUCUGACAAACGUCGUGGUUUCGAUUUUGGCUAUGGGUCACUCAAUGACACGGAAUACAUGUGCCGAACCAAGUAUCACAUAAAAAUCAUCCAAUGCGUGAAGGAGCGUUGGGAGGCAAUUUCGGAUUUGCCAGCCGAACCGGGCUUCUUGAAGGUGGUUUUGGCUCACACACUAAACACCGAAAGAUAUGAACGUGCCGCGGCCUACAUCUUUUUCCAACAACACAAGAAUGCCUGCCUUCAAGAGGCAGAGCCAACAGCAGAGAGUUGUUCAAGGCAGACAGGUGAAUCCAUUCAAGAGUUGGUUGGAGCACUGAAAAAUCAAUCAAUGAAUGACCAAAGUGACGCCAAUCAUAGAGAAUUGGAGAGAAUAAUGCAGGUAUAUGAGUGCAAAGGAAUGAGAAAGAAAUUGAACUGUCUUCAUACUUUGCUCUCUUCUCGUUGUUCAAAUGACGCAAUUCAGUUAAUCAUGAAUUAUUUCAUUGAGAGUUUACCAAAAGAUUGUAAAUAUCAAUACCAAAUUCCUGGUCCUUCAGAUUCCGAUUUGAUUACCUCAUCGGGGGCAUCGAACCCUACAGCAAUGCAAGGCGAUGACGGCACUCUUUCAAGGUCCGGUCAACCACAACCUCUCCAACUCUCCUCCCCCCUUAAUUAUCCUACAGACUCCAUCCCUACAAAUCUUAGUGGUCAGCCGUUGAGCUCUAUUAUGUCAAUUAUCGUAAUACCCUCUUUGAUAAUAGCUAUGGGUGGUUGA